GCGUGCUUUGGCAGCGGCAUUCGCUCGAUUUCCAGGGCGGAUCAGACGGCCGGGAGCGAAUCCGGGGGAUCCCGCCCCCACCAGCCCCCCUCUCUGCUUCCUCCCCUCCCUCCACCCUCUGCCCCUCCCCUUCUCGCCAAAAAAGGGAAGACAGAAAAUAAACCUCCUCGUCGUCAGUUGCUCAAGGGGGCGUCAUCCGAUAGCUCCGCCGCGCGGCGUCGUUUCCGCGGCGAUCCUGCAGCGGCUCCCCGCCGCCGCCGCGCCCGCGAGGAUCCGUCUGUUCCUCGGCGCAUUUCACCAGAGGAGGCAGCAGCAGCCAAGAAGAAGCUGCGUGUUGAAUCUCCAGGAUCAUUCGGCGUCAGGAGCAGCAGCCAGUGAGAUGAGAUGACCAUUCAAAAAAGGAUGCAGCAGUGAGCGAGGGGGGUGAUACGGACACCACCACUGUUGGUCCGUUGCCGCGUGGCCAGAAUCGCUGCUGUGAUCGGGACGUCUUCGGAACUGUGUGAUCUGGUCUGUCCAAGCAGGGGAGAAUUACGUGAUCGACGACAGAUCGAGUGGCGGGCGUGAAGGAAAGAAGCGAAAAUGCUAGCAUGCAUCGCCUGCUCGACCAAGGACGGUGGAGAGGACGGCUCCCGUGCUGUCGGCGCACCCAACGGCAGGGACGCCGGCAAGUCUCUCACCUCACAGCUCAAGGACAUGGUGCUCAAGUUCUCCGGCUCCGGCAAGCACUACAAGGCCACCGGGAGCCCAUCCUUCAGGGGCAACCGCUUCCACCGCUCCAGCAGCCGGCUGGCCGCCUACCCGGGCAUCGUGGACGACUCGGGCUUCACGUCCGACGGAGCCAGCGAGGCGUACAGCUACACGAGAACAACGUCGACCGCUGGCGCGCGCACCGCACCGUCGACAACGUGGGACAUGCCCAAGAUCAACCAUGGCUUCCUGCCGCACGUGAGGAACCCGAGCGCGAGCUGGAUACCGAGCAUCGGGGAGGCGGAGGAGGAGGACGACGAUGACGAUGAGGAGACUGUGGUCCUGGAGGAAGACCGCGUGCCGAGGGAGUGGACCGCGCAGGUGGAGCCCGGCGUGCACAUCACGUUCGUCUCCAUCCCGGGCGGCGCCGGCAACGACCUCAAGCGCAUCCGCUUCAGCCGGGAGAUGUUCAACAAGUGGGAGGCGCAGCGGUGGUGGGGCGAGAACUACGACCGCGUGGUGGAGCUGUACAACGUGCAGACGUUCCGGCAGCAGGGCCUCUCGACGCCGUCGUCCUCCAUCGACGACGCCAUGCAGCAGAGAGAGUCAUUCUACUCCCGCGACGGCUCGACGAGGGAUAGCCCGGUGGUGACGGCGGUGAGCAGGGGGGAGCGGCCCAUCACCCGGACCACGUCGUACAAGGCGGCGUGCCACCCGUCCACGGCCGUGCCGGACCCGUCCGACCAAGUGUGGGCGCACCACUUCAACAUGCUCAACUCGGCCGCGGGCGCGUCGUCGAUGCCGUCGAGCGCCGGCGCCCCGGCGCCCUACGACGCGUCGCGGGCCACCACGUCGUCGCUGGACGAGGCGUCCGUGUCGGUGAGCAACGCGAGCGACCUGGAGGCGACGGAGUGGGUGGAGCAGGACGAGCCCGGCGUGCACAUCACCGUCCGCGAGCUCGGCGACGGCACCCGCGAGCUCCGCCGCGUCCGCUUCAGCCGGGAGCGGUUCGGCGAGGAGCGGGCCAAGGUGUGGUGGGAGCAGAACCGGGACCGGAUACACACGCAGUAUCUGUAGCGGCGGCCGAGACGCCGCUCGAGUGAAGCAGCUAACACGUACGUACGUUACGUCAGGUCCAGUCCAGUCCAGUCCAGGAGGAGUCUUAGGUUAGAGUGAUGGUGUGAUACUUACUGUACUAAGCUAGUGCUGCCGUUAGUUCAUUCGUCUUAAGAAGCAGCAGUUUUUCUUUUCUUUUUUGGAACUUGAGAAGCAGCAGGUUGAUGGUUCAGGCUGCUGCGCCUUGUGUAAAAUGUGAUUACCGGAUAGUUACCGGUUCUUUUGUUUUUCUUGGAUCGGUUUGUAUCUUGCUGAACAGUGUGAUUCGUUUGUUUC